UAAGAGUUUGACCCAAGAAAAAAACUUGUUCCUGGUCUCUAAAAACACUUAACUCUUGGUCCCUCAUUUUCCGCACAAAACAAAAUUAAAAUCAAAGAAUAAAAACGCACACCAAUACCAACUCUCACCCAAAAUCUCCCAAUGUUGGCGAUGAAGAACUUUAGGGUUUUCUUCCUCGCUCUCCUCCUCCUCCUCGCCUCUCCAGUUGCUAGGUGUCAAUCGGAUUCGGACGCGGAGGGUAGGGAGGCGGCUGAAGAAGUGGUGGCUGAUCUUGGGAUUGUUGGUGAGGAUGUCCAAGAUUUUGGUGAUGGGAGUUUUAGCCCAGCUCCGGGAGUUGAUACAGUCUGUGUUUUCCCGAAGAACAGUGCCCGAUUGAUUACAGCUGGAGAAGAGACUGAAUUAUUGGUCGGCAUGAAAAAUGAUGGGGAGGCAACUGUGAAUGUCAUUGCAAUUAAGGCCAGUGUUCAUCUCCCUUUUGAUCAUCGUCUGCAAGUUCAAAAUCUUUCUACACAGGGUUUUAACAACGCAACAGUGCCAGCUUCAGCCCAGGCUACUUUCCCAUACAUAUUUGCUGUCAGCAAGUUCUUGCAGCCGGGCACCUUUGACCUUGUAGGCACCAUCAUUUAUGAAAUUGACCAGAAUCCAUACCAGAACACCUUCUACAAUGGUACCAUCGAAGUUGUUGAGGCUGGUGCUUUUCUUAGCAUUGAAUCCGUUUUUCUUGUUACCCUUGCAAUUGCCCUUCUUGUCCUCCUUGGCAUAUGGAUUCGUGGUCAAAUUCAGAAUCUUUCCAAGAAAACUAAGAGGGCUCCCAAGGUGGAAGUUGGAACUAAGACUACAGAUGCUUCACUGGAUGAGUGGCUUCAGGGAACUGCAUAUACUCAGUCAUUGGCCAACAAAUCAAAGAAGAAAAAGUAGAUAGGCAAUGUUCAUCCAGCUCAGCUGCACAAGCCACUACACUGAAGCACAGACUCUUGUAACUCUCACUAGAUAUUUUGGAGAUUUUAAGAGAGCUCAAGAAAGUCGGUAGUUUUGAAUUUAGACCAGAAACGAACUCUCUUGCUGUUGUAGCCUUUGGAUUUUUUUUUUUAAUAUUUAAAUUUUAUUGGAGAUGAUGUUGAGCAUUUUGAGGUAAAACUAACGCAGAUUUGAGUUAGGAAGGAUACAAUUUUCUGUUCAACUAAAAAAAUUUUCUUAAAUCACAUGCCCUUGUUCUCUAUUAUACUUU